GGCGCAACACGCGCGCGGGCGGUGAACGAUAUGCAUCCGCUGGCGCUGGUGGAGGCGCUCGUCGGGGAACGGCAGCACUGGGCGCCGGCGGUGCGGCACGCGGCGGCGUGGGCGGGGGCGCUCGCGCUCGCGGUGUCCGUCGCGUCGUUCGCGCCGGAGGCGGCCUUCGUGUGGGCGCUGGCGGGAGGCGGCCCCGUGGCGGCGUGCGCGGCCGGGACGGUGCGCGUGCCGCUGGACGGCGGAGGGGACCACGUCUGCGUGCCGGCGCGGAUGGCCGGGCGGUCCGGCAUCGACCUGCUCGUGCCGCCGGCGUUCGCGGGGCUCGCGGUGGGCGCGUCCGCCUGCUUCGUCAGGGCUCUCGCCAUCGGCCGCCGCCACGACGAGUACUAGCUAGACGCGUUUCUUGCAUUGGAGCUGAGGCAUGCAUUACUGAGUUCUUCCUGUUUGCCAAGCGUACAAAAAUACACAGCGUGCUACCAUGAAACUUGUACAUAACACGCCGGUUAAUUAAUUGUAACCUUACCAUGGAAAUGUGCUUUUAUACGUAUCCCCGUAUGCAAUAUAUAUGAAUUAUCACUUAUCAAUACAAUACAAAUUCUUUGCACUGUCA